AUGGCGCCCCGCCAAUUGGGCCCCGCGGGGUGCCGGGGCGCGGGCCCCCUGGCGCUCGCCGCGGCGGCCGCCGCGUGCGGGGCGGCUUCCUGCCUCUGGGCCGGCCCCGCGCGCUGCGCGGGCGCGCCGCUCGCGGGCGCCGCGCCUCCGGCGGCGGUGCCGCUGGCGCUCGGCGGCGCGCUGGGUUCCGCCGCAGGCGCGGCGGCUUCGGGCAGGGCGCGGCCGUGGCCACGACCGACUGCGGCCUUGGCGGGUGCCUUCGGCGGUCCAGCCGACGUCUCUCGGGCUCGAGGGCGGGCUUCAAAUCCGUCCAGCCGCCUCCACGCAGCGCCCGACACCAGCGUCCCUGUGCGGCGAGGCACCUUCCAGGCUCCAUGGGGUAGCCCUCGCGAGCGCCGCGGCAACGUCUACGAGAGCUGGAAGAGACGCAAGGCCGAGGAGGCCGAGGCGGCGUUCGCAAAGCGCGUCAAGAGGUGGGAACGCCCCACGUGGUCGCCACCUCCGUCCGUGGGGAGGACUCGGGAAGAGAUUUGGGAGAAUGCGGCAGAGGCCGCGGUGAGUGGCUUUGUCGAUGGCGGGCUCAACGCCUCCUGCGUGCUGCUCCCCAGUGGUGUCGGAGAGGUAUCGGUUGGGUUGCGGGUCGUGCUCGGGCUCAUGGCCCGACAGCAGUCUCCCCUCAGAGCCAUAGUCGUCGUCCCUGAUUCGUGGUUCGCCUUGGCAGAGAGGCUGUACUCCGACCACGCGGGCGAGCAUCUGAAUGUAGUAAGCUUUGACUCGGAGCAGGGCGCCGUCGGCGUCAGGCAGAUGGCGGAGUUUUUGUUCCCUGCAGACAGAUCGAUUGUGAUCUUGUCCAGGUACGUUGAUGCACGGUACAUUGGAGCAGCACAGGAGCGAGCGAAGGCACCGCCUUUGGACGUCGUCAUAUUUGAGGCCGCGCACGUGUUCCGUUCAGGGGCCUUCGGGGAGGGCAUUUACACGCACACCGUGAAGUCCACACGUCGCCUUUACAUGUCGACGCGCGCGCUCAGUGGUGCAGCGCCCGGCUCACUCCUCAAGAGUUGGGAGGAGCUUAGCAAGGUGGAACCGCCAGGCUCGACUCCAUUGGAGCGCUUCGGGCCCACGGUGUACAGGCUUGGUCACAGGGAUGCGGAGGAGUUGCAAAUUACAGUCCCUUUGCGGAUGUCGUUUCUUACAGAAACGACCAGCGUAGACGAUGUUGCGCAGGAAAUUGCAGCUUUGCACAGGAAGCUCAACAUAUCUACGUUCAAGAUCCUUCCUCCACGCGACGGGCUCGCCAAUGCUGUGAACAGGGUGCUCGGGAACCUCACAGAGGCCAAGUGUAUCAUCAGCACAGGCACAGAUGGAGACGAGGCUGCAGGACUCGACGCUAUCAUUUUAGCCGAGGGUGGCUCUAGCUACGCUGCGCUGGCCCACGAGUUCUUCCGAUUAGCCAAGCACGCACCGGGAAAGCGCGCUGGUUUCGUUUUUCUUGGUUCAGGUGCUAUGGAGCACGCGGUUGCUGCAUGGCAAGCUCUUGCCAUCGAGCGAUUUGACGUGGAGCAGGCCAUCCAGACCGCGACCGUGGAGACUGGAAGGAAGAACAAUCGAUUGAGGGCAAGUCAGGAUAGAAAGGGGCGCUGGAUCAGCUACAGCCACGUGCAAUUCGGGUACCCUGUCGGCGAGUGGUUGCUAGAGCAGAAGCAACGCGCCGAACUUGGCCUCCUAGACCAGGAGAGAAUUGCGAGGCUGAGGGGCGCUGGCGUGCUCAUGACGAUUGGGCAGCUUGGCGAGAAGUUCGAUGUCGGGCUUGAUGUUCUCAAGAAGUACGUAGACAAAAACGGGCCAGGAUACAUAAGCCUGACCGCCAAGGGAGAGUGCGGCUUCAAGCUUGGGCAGUGGGUCCGGUCGAUGCGACAUAAACAGCAUCAAGGCUGUCUGACCGAGAACCAGUCGGCGCAGUUGGGCAAUGCCUUGAAAGGGUGGACGGCGUCGCAUGUUCCGACUCAGAGGCUCGCGGAGCAUCCGGACGAUGAAGAGGCUCGCGAGCUCACGCUGAGGAUCGAAAAGGAGUUGAAGUCGCUCAAGAUGAAAGACGUCAAGGAGCGGAGGAAGAUUUUCAGGUCGCUCGUCAUGGAACACCAUCCAGAUGUUUCGCAUGAGAAGCACGCGGACAAGGCCAUCAAGUAUCUGUCGGAUGUCAAGGACUGGUUCCUGACGGGCUGACCCGCGCCGCCGCCCGCCACGGGACGCUGGCGACCGCGGCCACCCGCCACCCGCGGCGAACGGCCGCAUCGCCCGCGUGCGGCCGCGGCCGCCGAGGCGGUAGCCGCCGCGGCUGGGCGCGCCGCGCGCCGGCACGGCCCGAGCGCCGGUGGCCCUGACGGUGGCGGGCGGGGCGCGCGUGCCGCCAGGCAGUGGCUGCGCGGGAGUUGCGUGGCCGUGGCGCGGGUGGUCUCCUUCGGCGGCGAAGUCCGAAUCCUACCCUCGCCGAUCA